AGUUGGGUCCUUUUCCUCUUCCCUCGUCUCCUCGCAUAAACCCCAGUUCUCUAAACCCUAAACUCUGUCUUAUUUUUCAGGUGUUAUGAAGAAAAGAUUGGUCAGAUAUCUUCUUUCUCGUUCAUGCCCACAUUUUCCCCCCAAAUCAUCUCAUAGAUGUUCUCUUGUUAAUAGAAUCUCUAGCCGUAGCCGUAAUUUCUCGCCUAGAUUUCUCUCCACUUCCCCGCCGGAUGAAUUGCAUGGGUUAGUGGACCCGGAUGAUCCUUUUUCGCCGAUCAAAUCGCAGGAAGAGGUAGAUUUUAGUAAAGAGUUCUCCUUUCUGCGCGAUUCUUUAGUGGAUUCUGACCACAGUGAUGAUUCUCAAAGAGUGCCCAGAGUUGAGGUAAGUCAAUGCUCGGUUGAUGCACUUUCGAUUGCGAACGCUGUUUCUAGUGAAGAGGAUGUAUUUGGGAGCAAAACCCAGAAGUUUCUUAGGCAAUUUAGGGAGAAGCUGAGCGAAAGCUUGGUGAUUGAGGUGCUGCAUUUGAUAAAAAGGCCGUCUGCCAUCGUCAGUUUCUUCAUUUGGGCAGGUAGGCAGAUAGGUUAUAAGCAUACAGUGCCCGUGUAUCAUGCAUUGGUAGAAGCUAUUGUGCGUGAUAAUGACGAAAAAGUUCCUGAAGUGCUUCUGCAGCAGAUCAGGGACGAUGACAGGGAAGUUCUUGGGAAAAUUUUGAAUAUUUUGAUUCAGAAACAUUGUCGAAACGGGUUGUUUAAUGCUGCUCUGGAGGAGUUAGGGAGGCUGAAGGAUUGUGGGUAUAGGCCCUCAAGAUCUACUUACAAUUGUUUGAUUCAGGCUUUUCUUAAAGCUGACCGUUUGGACUCUGCUACUUUGGUUCUUCGGGAGAUGUCUCUUGCGAAUCUUAGGAUGGAUGGGUUUACGCUCAGAUGCUUUGCUUAUUCGCUUUGUAAAGCAGGAAAGUGGAGGGAAGCUCUGACAUUGAUAGAGACAGAGGAUUUUGUGCCCGAUACUCUAUUUUACACAAAACUUAUAUCCGGUCUUUGUGAAGCUUCGCUUUUUGAAGAGGCUAUGGAAUUCCUGAAUAGGAUGCGAGCUAAUUCCUGUGUUCCUAAUGUUGUAACGUACUCAACUUUGCUGUGUGGAUGUUUGAACAAAAGACAGCUUGGUAGGUGUAAGAGAAUUCUCAAUACGAUGAUAAUGGAAGGUUGUUAUCCAAGUCCUAAGAUUUUUUAUUCUCUUGUGCAUGCUUAUUGCAGAUCAGGGGAUUAUUCAUAUGCUUACAAAUUGCUAAAGAAAAUGAUCCAAUGUGGGUACAAGCCAGGAUAUGUUGUUUACAACAUAUUGAUUGGGAAUAUUUGUGGCAACCAAGACUUACCAAGUAGUGAUCUCUUGGAGUUGGCUGAGAAAGCUUAUAGUGAGAUGCUCGCUGGGGGUGUUGUGCUGAAUAAAAUUAAUGUCAGCAACUUUGCGCGGUGUCUUUGUGGUGCUGGAAAGUUUGAAAAGGCAUUUAACGUUAUCUGUGAAAUGAUGGGUAAAGGAUUCGUACCAGAUACCAGUACCUAUUCGAAAGUCAUUGGUUAUCUGUGCAAUGCUUCAAAAGUGGAAAUGGCUUUCCUGUUGUUUGAAGAAAUGAAAAGGAGUGGCAUUGUUCCUGAUGUCUACACAUAUACGAUUUUAAUUGACAGCUUUGCCAAAGCUGGCCUCAUUGAACAGGCUAGUAAGUGGUUUGACGAAAUGAGAAAGGUUGGUUGUCCGCCUAACUUGGUGACAUAUACUGCUCUCAUCCAUUCCUAUCUUAAGGCAAAGAAGGUCACCGAUGCAAAUAAGCUGUUUGAAAUGUUGUUAUCUGAUGGAUUUGUCCCCAAUAUUAUUACGUAUACUGCUUUAAUUGAUGGUCAUUGCAAAGCAGGACAAAGUGAGAAAGCUUGCCAGAUUCUUGAAAAAAUGUGCGGCAGCAGAGAUGUUCGAGAUGUAGAUAUGUACUUCAAGCAGAAUGACGGAAAUAGCGAGAGACCAAAUGUAGUUACAUAUGGAGCUUUGGUGGAUGGCUUGUGCAAGGCUCAUAAGGUCAAAGAAGCUUGGGAGCUGUUAGAUGCUAUGGCCAUGGAAGGUUGUGAACCAAAUCAGGUAGUAUAUGAUGCUCUUAUAGAUGGGUUCUGUAAGGUUGGGAAGCUUGAAGAAGCACAAGAAGUGUUUACCAAGAUGUCUGAGCAUGGAUACACUGCAAGUGUAUAUACUUUCAGCUCUCUAAUUGGCCGUUUAUUCGAAGAAAAACGUCUGGAUUUAGUCUUAAAAGUAUUGUCCAGGAUGCUUGAGAACUCUUGUGCUCCUAAUGUGGUUAUCUACACUGAGAUGAUUGAUGGGUUAUGCAAGGUUGGCAAAACUGAUGAGGCCUAUAAGCUUAUGCAAAUGAUGGAAGAAAAAGGUUGUCAGGCAAAUGUUGUGACAUACACUGCAAUGAUUGAUGGAUUUGGAAAGAUGGGUAAAAUAGACAGAUGCCUUGAGCUAUUAGAACAAAUGGGUUCAAAAGGUGUUGCUCCGAAUUUCAUUACUUAUAGGGUGUUGAUAGAUCAUUGCUGUAGAAAUGGUCUAUUGGAUAUGGCCCACAGUUUUCUGGAAGAAAUGAAACAGACGCAUUGGCCUGUGCAUGUAGCCAGUUAUCGAAAAGUUAUUGAAGGGUUCAAUAAAGAUUUCAUAUCAUCACUUGGACUCCUAGAUGAGAUAGCGAAGGAUGAUGCUGCACCGGUUAUUUCUGUAUAUACAGUUCUGAUCGAUAAUUUUGUUAAAGCUAAAAGGCUGGAGGUAGCUCUUACGCUACAUGAAGAGGUUGCAUCAUUUUCACCCACUUUGGCUGGCUAUGGUAGCACAUAUAAUGCUUUGAUUGAAGGCCUUUGCCUUGCUAACGAAGUGGACAAGGCAUUUCAGCUGUUCUCAGAAAUGACAAAGAAAGGUGUUAUUCCAGAGUUGCAAACGCUGAGUAACCUUAUUAAAGGACUUUUCUGGGACAAAAAGGUCAAUGAGGCACUCCUGCUUCUGGACUCCAUUUCACAGAUGGAUGUCCACUGGACUGAAGCAAAGAAGACAUGAUGGAAGCUUGAGUUUGUCGGUUAUUCUGUCAGUUCCUGUCCAGUCAUCUUGAUGUUGGAUCUAUGGCCGCGCGCCUUCUUGGCUGAUAUCGCAUCCCCGAACGUGCCUGAAACUGCUAAUGUUUUCCACUCAUUAAAGCAUAUCCCUGUAUUUGAAAGAUCUCUAGGAGCAUGAUGCUCUGGUUUUUUCGAUCAAGAGCCUGGAGCCUGUCCUUUAGACUGACCAAAAGCUAGAGUUUUGAUGGCAGUUUCUUAAUCAUCCAUUGUAUUCUCAGUUGGUCGGGAUUGGGAUGCAUCUGUGCUAAGGAUCUAAGAAAGUUAACAACCGAUCGGGAUGGAUCUACGCUCAGGAUUGCAUCAAAAGUGAUCAUUUGUGUGGAUUGAAGAGCUCAUUUGUUACGGCAUGUUACCUGAGAAGAGGAGCUUUAUAUUGUAGACCACAAUUUGUGGUACAUUGAUGCAAUGUGAUAGCCGCGAAACACCACUGGAGACGUUACUGACCCUGUUCACAGAGUAAUCCGGAGUAAUACUCAGGCGGUUCAUACAUAGGAUGUCAGAAAGGUUUGUCUGAUUCUGACUUCAUGGGCUCUGGUUAAGUUUGGUACCAGGACUUGGAGAUCUGCAUAAAUCUGUUUCCUGGAUUGGAAUUUGCUUAAAGGGCAAUGAAACUAAAAAAAGGUUGCGCCUUUCAUAGGUUCUGAAGCAAAGUUUCCAGCUUUUGAACCAUUGGAGCAAGAAUAUAACAGAACAUGCUUGAAAAAUCAAGGUUCUGGAUUGUGAUAGUAGUGGUGGAUAGAGUUGGUGUUGUAUAGUUGUUGGAUUUUGUAUUGUAAAAUCAUCAUAAAUGUAAUGAAUACCAAAAUCAUUUCUGAUCCGUUCAAUUAUAAAAAAGAUUCGUUAGA